AUCCAUCAGAUCAUUUUUGCUUUCUUUCUUUCUUUCUUUUCCCAAUUUGCUCGCUCGACAAUCAAGCGUCAAACAAAACAUCAUCAAUCAAUCAAUCAUGGAUGAAGAGUACGAUGUGAUAGUUCUAGGGACUGGUCUUAAGGAAUGCAUCCUCAGCGGCCUUCUCUCAGUUAAUGGGCUAAAGGUUCUGCACAUGGAUCGCAAUGAUUAUUAUGGGGGUGCUUCCACUUCUCUUAACCUUAACCAGCUAUGGAAGCGAUUCAGAGAAAACGAUAAGCCUCCAGAGAGCCUGGGAGCAAGCAAGGAGUACAACGUCGACAUGGUACCUAAGUUCAUUAUUGCCAACGGGAAUUUGGUUCGAGUUUUGAUCCAUACUGGUGUUACCAAGUACCUAAACUUCAAAGCUGUCGAUGGCAGUUACGUGUAUAACAAGAAUAAGAUCCACAAAGUUCCUGCAAAUGAUGUGGAGGCACUGAAAUCCCCACUGAUGGGGCUUUUCGAGAAGCGUCGAGCUCGAAAGUUCUUCAUCUAUGUCCAAGAUUACGAGGAUAGUGAUCCUAAAUCCCACGAGGGCUUGGAUUUGACCAAAGUCACCGCCAGAGAGAUUAUUUCCAAAUAUGGGUUGGAAGAUGACACAAUCGACUUCAUUGGACACGCAUUAGCUCUAUACCAUGAUGACAGUUAUUUGGAUCAACCCGCUUUUGAUUUUGUCAAGAGAAUAAAGCUUUAUGCGGAAUCUUUGGCCCGUUUUCAAGGAGGGUCGCCCUACAUCUAUCCACUCUAUGGACUAGGCGAGCUGCCUCAGGCAUUUGCACGCUUAAGUGCAGUGUAUGGUGGGACGUAUAUGCUUAACAAGCCAGACUGCAAGGUGGAAUUUGACGAAAGCGGGAAAGCAAUUGGUGUGACUUCCGAGGGAGAGACCGCCAGAUGCAAGAAAGUUGUGUGCGACCCUUCUUAUCUCUCUGACAAGGUCAAAAAGGUGGGCAGAGUUGCUCGUGCUAUAUGCAUAAUGAGUCACCCAAUCCCAAAUACGCAUGACUCUCAUUCCGUCCAGCUGAUUCUACCGCAGAAGCAACUUGGUCGUAAAUCAGAUAUGUACCUGUUUUGUUGCUCUUAUGCCCACAAUGUGGCGGCCAAAGGGAAGUACAUUGCCUCCGUCUCGACCGAGGCAGAGACUGAUAAUCCUGAGGCGGAACUAAAGCCGGGCGUCGACUUACUUGGCCCCUUGGAUGAGAUCUUCUACGACAGCUACGAUAGAUAUGUUCCUACAAACACUGCACAUCAUGAAGAGGAUAACUGCUUCAUAUCCACUGUAACCAUCUUCCUUCCGCCCAUCAUCUUGUUCUUAACCAUAUACACUAUCUACGCAUUCAGUCCUAAAACCAUCCCGAUUCAUCAUUUGCAGAGUUACGAUGCAACGUCUCACUUUGAGACGACAGUAGACGAUGUUAUUGAGAUGUACAGUAAAAUCAUUGGAAAGAAUCUUGAUUUGUCCGUAGACUUGAGUGACGCAAGUGCUGCCGCUGAUGACUGA